AUGACUGUUUUUCAAAUCCCACCCCUUACACGUUCGCACUUGACGUUUCUUGGGCAUUAUAGAGCAAUUAGUCAUUGCCCUUCCGUACUGACCAGCCGGUGCAAUGACAUACAUAUUUGUAUUCAUAUCUAUUUCUUUAUUAUGUGCCUUUCUUUUCUCUUUACUAUUUUUGUAUCUUUUCUUUCUUUCUUUCUUUCUUUCUUUCUUUCUUUCUUUCUUUCUUUCUUUUUCUUCUUCUUCUUCUUCUUCUUCUUCUUCUUCUUCUUCUAUGCACCGUGUCCAUUAGCUUCGAAGAUGCUUUUUCUUCUUCUUCUUCUUCUUCUUCUUCUUCUUCUUCUUCUUCUUCUAUGUAGAAAUGAAAAUCUAAAUAAAUUUCAAUUAAUAUCUAUCUAUCUAUCUAUCUAUCUAUCUAUCUAUCUAUCUAUCUAUCUGAAUAAAGAAUAUCUAUCUAUCUAUCUAUCUCAUCUAUCUAUCUAUCUAUCUAUCUAUCUAUCUCACGCUAUUCAUUUAUCUCUCUCUCUCUCUCUAUAUAUAUAUAUAUAUAUAUAUAUAUAUAUAUAUAUAAAUAAAUGUGUUCAUAUAUAUUUUCAAUAUUUUCAUCUAUCUAUCUAUCUAUCUAUCUAUCUAUCUAUCUAUCUAUCUAUCUAUCUCAGUUCAGUAAUGUAUGUUUUCUUUUCUUUUUUCUUUCUUCUAUCUAUCUAUCUAUCUAUCUAUCUAUCUAUCUAUCUAUCUAUCUAUCUAUCUCACUUUACCCUCUUUGACGUUUUUACUGUUUGGAUGCCACCUAAAAGGAGGAAACUUUUGGGACGGCGCACGGCAGCUGCCUCCGCGGCUAGAGCAGCGAGGGAGAUUUUGUUAGUCUGGCAUAUCUAUCUAUCUCACAUGGAUGAGGGCUCUCAAUAUUUGAUGCUUCACAAUCGUAAUGGAUGGGUGAAUAAAAUAUCCUUCUCCCUCUCUGUCUCUCUAUCUAAGCCUGUACACACAUCUAUCUAUCUAUCUAUCUAUCUAUCUAUCUAUCUAUCUAUCUAUCUAUCUUAUGCUUGCAUUUUAUCUAUCUAUUUAUCUAUCUAUCUAUCUCAGUCUAUUCAUUUCUAUUUAUCUCAGUCUAUGCAUUUCUCUCUGUCUCUCUCUCUGUCUCUCUCUCUCUCUCUCUCUAUAUAUAUAUAUAUGUAUAUAUCCCAUAUUUAUAUAAAUCUUUUCAUAUAUAUUUUUAAUAUAUUCCUUUAUCUAUCUAUCUAUCUAUCUAUCUAUCUAUCUAUCUAUCUAUCUAUUUUUGCUCAGACCAAAAUUCUGUAUACCACUUAUCUAUCUAUGAUAGACUUUCCUGUUGUAUCGAUACAUGAGAGGCAAAAUUUAACUCUUUUUACUCCUUUAUUAACAAGGAUGUCUACUCAAAUACAACUACCUAAUAAAUACAACGUCUAUCUAUCUAUCUAUCUAUCUAUCUAUCUGUUAAUACAUAUCUAUCUAUCUAUCUCUAUCUAUCUAUCUAUCUAUCUAUCUAUCUAUCUAUCUGUAGCAACCAACAGACUAGACCAGCAAAUUCCAACAAGUCACCUCUUCCGCGUUCUGAUCCCCGAACUCCGAACUCAUCUGACUAACUCAAGCGUACGGGCAGCUUAUCUAGAGAGAGGCGGAGCUAAAUCAUCUUUAGACACCGCCCCCCGAAUUUUAAUAUACAAAUCGCCUGGGCCACCAUGUGUUUCCGCCUAA